AUGUCUGUCACCAUCGAGCAAUACAACAAGGAAUGGCCGCAGCAAUUCGAAACUAUCAAGUCGGAGUUGGAACAUCACCUACAGGACAUCGACUACCUCUCGAUCGAGCACGUGGGUAGUACAUCAGUGCCGGGACUUGUCGCCAAACCUAUCAUCGAUGUUGACAUCAUAGUCACUCGCGAAAAUGUUCAGCCUGCUAUCGACGCUCUCAUCGAGAAAGGGAAAUUCGAUUACCUAGGAGAGCUGGGGAUUGUCGACCGUCAUGCCUUUAAAGACCCUAACCAAUCCAAUCGCCACAACGUUUACCUGUGUGUUGACGGUGUUGCACAAACGCGCAACCACCUCAGCUUGCGAGAUACGCUACGCUCUGACAGCGAGUUGAGGGAUGAGUACGCGCGAGUGAAGCUUGAACUCGCGGCAAAAGCCAACAACAUCGUCGACUAUAUGGUCGCCAAGGGAAACGUCAUUCAGAAGAUUCUCAAAGCCUCAGGUGCCUUCACAAAAGAAGAACUCGCAGCCAUCGCCCGCGCAAACGUGAAGGGCGAGCGUUUUGGUGCUAUCAAAACACCCCGUCUGCUCCUCCGCGAGUUCGUGAUGAAGGACGAGGAAGGCUACUUUCUUCUCGAAGGAAACGAGCAAAACGCACGUUACCAGGAGUGGCCCCCACGAACACGCCAACAAGCUCGUGAGCUCGUCUUGGAGAACAUCCGCAACCACAACGACGUGCCGCGAACGAAGUACGAACUCGCCGUCGAGACGCUCGACGAACAAUUCAUCGGCCGCGUCGGCGCCAAAACAUCUCAAGCCAACUCCGACUCCCUUCCAGGAGAAUCUACUAUCAAACCCGUCACCCACGCUAAACUUUGGUUCUCCUUCUUGCCGUCAAUGCAAGGCCAGGGUUACGCUACAGAAGCCAUGACAGCUUUCAUCGAUGCCUUGAAAGAAAGACUGCAGAAUCAAGGGAAGCUGGAGAUGGAGAUUGAGUGCGAUCCUAGGAACGAGGGGAGUUGGAAGUUGGCGGAGAGGCUGGGGUUUGAAAGACAUAGCUUGACGAAGGAGAAGACGCAGAUCAAGGGCGAAUGGGUGGAUAGUCUGGUUUUGAGGAAGAUUGUUGGGGAUGUGGCUUUUGCGUCGAAGCAUGUAAGGAGAGGAAGUAAGGUUAGCAGCAGUAUGAGGUUGAGUGCGACGGAACUGUUUGAGAGUUGUCAUUGA